AUGCAAACAGGCUUGGAGAGGCAAGGUGAGAAACCUGGCAAUGAGCCCGAGGAGGUGAAACUGCAGAAUGCCAGCAAACAGAUUGUGCAGCACGCCAUCCUGCGAGCCGUGCGGCAAGUCUCCCGGGAGAGUCGGCGCAGGGAAGAGAGAACCGGCGACAACCGGGGCAGCUUCCAGCUGGGCGUGGGGGAGUUAACUAAGAAACAUGAAAAGAAGUAA